AUGUCUGCUGGAGGUGACAACAAAAAAGAAGAGACAAAGCCAAAGCCAUGUUGUGUCUGUUUAGAUGAGAAAAAGAAGAGAGAUGAAUGUCUUUUAUUCAAUGGCCAAGAGAGUGGUAAGUGUGACGAUUUGAUUUCCAAAUAUAAGGCUUGUAUGAAGGGCUAUGGAUUUGAAACCCGUUAA